AUGAGCAGAAUUGACCAGAUCAUCGUACUUUUAAUUGUCAUCAACGAAAUACAGGGAUUUUUUUUCAGAUGUUGUUGCUGCGGUUGUGGUGGUGGAGGCUGCGGUGGGGGUGGUUGCGGUGGAGGUGGCUGCGGUGGUGGAGGCUGCGGUGGAGGUGGUUGCGGUGGAGGUGGCUGCGGUGGUGGAGGUUGUGGUGGUGGAGGUUGCGGUGGUAGAGGCCGCGGUAAUGGAGGUUGCGGUGGACGUGGCUGCAUUGGUGGAGGUUGCGGUGGACGUGGCUGCAUUGGCGGAGGUUGCGGUGGACGUGGUUGCAUUGGUGGAGGUUGCGGUGGACGUGGCUGCAUUGGCGGAGGUUGCGGUGGUAGAGGUCGCGGUGGUGGAGGUUGCGGCGGAGGUGGUUGCGGUCAUGGAGGAGGAUGUGGUGGUAGUAGUGGUGGGACCAUACGAUUGAUGUAA